AUGAUUGAUGAGAUGAGUGCACUUCAGAGUAGUGGUACCUGGGAUCUGGUUCCCCUUCCCUCUGGGAAGUCUGUUGUUGGCUGUCGAUGGAUAUACACGAUUAAAGUUGGUCCGGAUGGUCAGGUGGACCGUCUUAAGGCCCGCUUGGUGGCUAAAGGUUAUACUCAGAUAUUUGGCAUUGACUAUGGUGACACAUUUUCUCCCGUGGCGAAAAUGACUUCUCUAACAGACCAACAUGCCAAGCUUCCACCAACAUUGUCCAUAUUCAGCAACUUUCUGCUAGGUGAAAUAUUUUCACAGGAUCCAUUAAGGGCCAGUGACAAAGCUCUAACAAGCUGUGGACCCUAUAAAAUGAAAGAAGAAGAUGCAAUGGUCUAUAGAAGACCCUAUCUUACUUCUGGUUCCUCAGGAUUUGCACUAAAUGCAAUUAGCAGGACCAUGAAGAAAGACCUCAAGAGGUAUGUGGAGGAUAUGCAGACAAUACUUAAGGACAAAAAUUGGAAAGUUCGAACCACAUUAUAUUGGGGACAAAGAGACCGCUGGUUGAGCUAUGAUGGAGUGGAAGAUUUCUGCAAGGGUUCCAACCAUACACUUAUUGAAGUUCCAAGGGCUGGUCAUCAUGUGCAGGAAGAUUGUGGUGAAGAACUUGGACAACUUAUUUAUGGGAUAAUAAGCAAAAGGAACCAGACAUGAGGGUAUUUUAUAAUUGCUUCUUGAUAUUCUCAAUUUUUUUGUUGCAUGGAUUCCUAUCUCUUCUCUUAAUCCUGAUAAAACUUGAUUAACUCUGCAGAAAGAUAUAUUUUUAUUUAUUUAUUUAUUUUAAUUUCUAUUG